AUGACCCUAAAUUCCGACGCUUCUGUCUUGGGCCAUGAUCCCUGGGGUCCCGGCUCAUGCAUCCCCGGAGAGAGGGAUGGAGAGCUGAUACCUUCCGCACCCAUGGACGAGAUGAUCGGCCGAUAUACGACCUGGACACGAGGGCCGAGGGGCUCCGACACCCCCACGUUGUUCCGUCCGCUCCGCAUUCGGGACAAGACCCUCAAAAAUCGGAUCGUGGUCGCGCCCAUGUGUAUGUUCUCAUCCGAGCUAGACCCCACUUCGCCAGCUGUGGGCGCCCUCACCGACUGGCACGUCGCCCACCUGGGCCAUCUGGCCACCAAGGGGGUAGGGCUGGUGAUGACCGAGGCGACGGCCGUCCAGCCCAACGGCAGGAUCUCUCCGCAGGACGCGGGUCUAUGGCAAGAGGGCCCCGAGUCGGAACAAUUCAAGGGCCUGCGCCGCGUGGCGAAUUUUGUGCACAGCCAAGGAGCUCUGUUCGGCGUCCAGCUGGCCCAUGCCGGCCGCAAAGCAAGCGUCGUCGCUCUCUGGCUGUCGACGACGUGGGAAGGCCCCAAGACGAGCAGCAUUAAGUGCGACGAAAGCGCGCACGGAUGGCCCUCGGACGUGGUGGCCCCGACGGGAGGCAAGGAGUUUAAAUGGGCGCCUGGCGAUGUAAAGUUCUGCCCACCGCGUGAGAUCACAGUCGCGGAAAUCGAACAGGUCGUUCAGGCUUUCGCAACAAGCGCCAGGACCGCCGUAGAGGCGGGCGUAGACGUGAUCGAGAUCCACGCCGCGCAUGGCUACCUGCUACACGAGUUUCUCAGCCCCGUCACCAACCGCCGCACCGACGCGUACGGAGGCACCUUUGAGAACCGCACGCGCAUUGUGCGAGAAGUCGCCACUGCCAUCCGCGCCGCCAUACCCACGGGGAUGCCGCUGUUCCUCCGCAUCAGCGCCACCGAGUGGCUGGAAGAGCACCCAAGCGUGGCAGCAGCAGAGACGGGCACGGGCAGCUGGGACAUGACGUCGUCGAUCCGGCUGGUCACACUCCUCCAGGGGCUCGGGAUUGAUGUCAGUUCCGGCGGCAACCACAAGGACCAACGGAUCCAGCCACACAGCAACUACCAGGUCGAGAUGGCCGACCAGCUUCGGAAAGAGAUCCACGCGGCCGGGCACACGACGCUGGUAGGCGCAGCAGGUCUGAUCACCGAGGCUGAGGCCGCUCGCGACAUCGUCCAGGGUGCCGACGAUCAUGACGUCCUCGCCACGGAGGCCGCCCUGUCUGGCAAGGAACCCAAGGCUGACCUUGUGCUGAUAGCUCGCCAGUUCCUGCGCGAGCCUGGGUGGGUAUUCGCGGCGGCAAAGAAACUGCACGUUCCUGUGUCGUCUAGCUGGCAAUUCGGUCGAGUCCUGCCCUGA